UCUGACACCACAAAGGAAAAAAAAAAGAAAUCUAUUGAAUGUCGCGAAAGUAAUUGCAAUUGUAUUUUUAUUGCAUACGGUAUUCUGUUUGUUUACACCUAGUAUCAGGACAAGGAAAGUUGAAUUGUAAUGUUUUAGUCUAGUUAUUGCGGUUAUUAUCAAGAAUUCAAAAAACGACCUAGACUAUGGCUGCAACUCGUGAGCGCCGUGCUAAUGCUGGGAACCGCAUAUCCAAGUUGUUGGAUGAGGAAGAGGAAGACGAGUUUUACCAAACAUCUUAUGGUGGUUUCAACGAAUCUACUGACGAUAAAGAAUACAUCCAGAAAAAUGAUGACGAAGAUGACAUCGUCGAUUCAGAUUUCAGUAUUGAUGAAAAUGAUGAACCAGUGUCGGAUCAGGAGGAAACCAUUAUACCGAAACGUAGAAAGAAAGUUGUAACGAAGGCCUAUAAAGAACCUAUGACAAAAAAGAAAUCACUUGUUAAAGCAGUAAAAGAAGCUAAGCCAAGAGCUGAACGUCAAAAAUCGUCCAAGAAAAAGGAAAAAAGUACAUAUUUGGUGCUAGAUUCAGGACGAAAGUCGUUCCGCAAAUCGACGGCAGCAAAAUCGGCAGCCACUCUUAAUCGUAUGAAACAGCGUGUUGAAGCGGAAAAGCGUAAGCCGAAAGCGGUAAAGGUGGAGGAGUACAUUCCUACUCAGGAAGAACUUUUGGACGAGGCAAAAAUUACUGAAAAGGAUAAUUUAAAAUCACUCGAAAAGUUCCGUCGGAUGGAGUUAGAAAAGAAAAAGACACGCCCAACAAAGCGAGUAUUCCUCGGGCCCAUACUAAGGUAUCAAUCCUUGACUAUGCCGUUAGUGGAGGAUGCGUCGCCAAGCCAAAAUAGUUUAUCUGAUCCUUCGUUGAAGGCGGAAAACGAUGAAACGGAGGAAAAUUCCAGCAAAGAGAAACAACCAAAGAAAGGAAGGAAGUCUCUUGCAAAAGUGGAAGAAAAAGGACGUUGUGAACGAACUUUCAUCACGUUCGAAAAUGACAUAGACGAUGCCUUGUUCGAUAGUUAUUUUACUAAACCGCAUAAACGGGACCGGCGAAGUCAAAUUUGCGCGAUUACCCGUCUACCGGCCAGGUAUUUUGAUCCGAUAACGCAACUCCCAUAUCGCAACUUGCAAGCUUUCAAAAUCUUGCGAGAAGCGUACUACCAGCAACUUGAAGACAGGGGAAACCCAGACAAUCCGGAUGUAAGUAAGUGGCUUGAAUGGCGCAAGAAGAUCAAGGAAUAUCGACUGAAAAGUUUGAACAAGAAUAGCUCGAUAUUGGGAAUGAUUUCUGCCGCGGGAAACCCAUAGUCUCAGCCUUUUCUAAGGUAAGCCACCUUAUCUAAUUUUGUACAUCAACGAUUUAAUAAAUUAUUAAUUGAUCAGAA